GAUCCGACGCCGCAAGGCUCUGCGGCUUCCUUGCAUAAUUCCAAACUAUCCAAACAUAAUUUCAUAACUUUUUUCUUUUUUUAUUUUCAAAAUAAAAAUAAAAACCAAAAACUUUUCUAUUUUCGGUAGAUUCAACUUGUUUAUUUUCUAUGCACACGACCUGGUCGGUUAAAUGCCCCCAGAGAACUCUUGCUUUUAAUAUGCAUUCAUUCUCACCCUAGCUCAAGUUUCAUAAACUCUUGAGAUUUUGGGUUUUUGUUACAAUACUGACCCGUGCAUCUGUAUAGUCAGAAUCACGUACAGAUAGGUUGUAUGGGUUCCGAAAUUGAAAAACUUGAGGAGAGCUUAACGUCUAUUCUUGGUCUACUCCAAGUAGAGUGCGGCAUUCUUGAAAGAAUGGUGUACAAGAACAAGAACCAGCAUCGGCGUUGUUCGUAUUUCCAGUAUCUUUUGAAGGUGAGGAGGGAUUUAAGGCUGCUGCAAUCAGCUAAGUUGGAGGAGUUAGUAGAUUCUUGCUUUUUAGUUAUCACUGGGAAGAGACCUAAACAAAAGGUGCAUAUUUUAGAAAGUUUAAAGAGGAGAAAAUGUAAUAGUGGAAAACAUAAUUUUAUGGAGCGACUUUUGGGAGCUGUACGCCUAAUAUCACAGGGUUAUUUUGACUUAACAUGGUUAGAAAUCUCUCUGAGCUACUGAAAUAGAG